GUUGCUGCUGCAUAGAUUUUGUGCUACCCGCCAAACGACCGAGCUACUAGGGUUUUGGAGAGCGAUAGAGAGAUGGGAGGCAAAGGAAGGAGAAGGAGAGAGAAGAACUACAGGGCAGCUCAUGGAGGCUAUACUCGGCUACCACCAGCGCCUGAUCCUUCCAAAGUCGACGCUUUGCCUUCUAAACUGCGCAAGCUCAUGUCUUUAACUUCUCAAUCCCAAGGGGAUUCUAAGGUUGUAAAAAAUGUUAAAGACAAGAAGAAAAAUGGGAAUAGUGCUUCUGAGUUAAAAUCCAAUUCUAAGGUUGAAGUCGAUGUAGACAUUACUGGGAUCAAAGAUCGACUUCAAGAUGCAGAUAAUUCUGAUGGUAAUGCAAACAAUAUCACCAAUGAAAAGAGAAAGAAGAAAAGAAAGAGAAAGCAAGUAGAGGACCUUCGAUUUGAGACAUUAAAUGAGAAAUCUGAUGCUAGUACAAAAAGACGGGAGCGCAAGAAGAAGUACCUGGAAGCACGAAAAAACAAACACAAAAGAGCUAGAACAGAAGAGAAUCUAGAGUUCCCUGGACAUGAGAAGAUCAAAUUUGGAGAUAUAGUCCAAGCUCCACCAAAAUUACUAGCUGUUCCCAAGGCAUUUAAGAAUUUGCAAGAUGCUUCAAAGGAGCGAGUUCGGUUGCAGGCUAUCCAGUCGUAUAGGGAACGCAAGGGAUGGACCUCAAGACCAGGAAAUCAGCUCCGUAAUACCCUGAUUGCACCAAUGGAAUUGUAAUUAAAGACUAUUCUUUCUGAUUGUAAUAGAGAUUUUGAUUCUAACUUUCUGCUUAUAGAUGUGGAUGCAUUUUGCCUAUUCAAAUUUUUAA